UUUCUUUAUAUAAUAGCUUCUCUGAGACAAAUUCUCUUUUAUUGGCUUCUUUUAAAAAACCUCGGAUUGGUUCUUCGUUCACACAAGUUGUGUUGUGUUGUUUAACCUGAGCAGAGAGCCAAAGCUUUCUUUUAUUUUUAUUUCACUAAAGUGUCUUCCCGUUACGAUCCAAUCAAAUCCUAAUCCUAUGGAGCGAGGUGGUUACCGAGGAGGUCGUGGUGAUGGCCGUGGCAGAGGCGGCGGAGGUCGUGGCGAUGGUGGUGGUGGUGGUCAUGGUUACGGCGGAGGAGGAGACCGUGGUCGCGGUUAUGGCGGCGGAGAUCGCGGUCGUGGUCGCGGCACAGAGCGAGGCGGUGGGAAUCGUGGUCAUGGUCGCGGUGAGCAACAGGAUUUCAGAAGCCAGAGUCAGUGGGGACCUCCGUCAGGUCACGGUGGCCGUGGGACUCAGUUCCAGCAACCUCGACCACAGGCGACUCCGCAGACUCAGGUGACACAAGCAGGACCUCCGUCAGGUCACGGUGGCCGUGGGACUCAGUUCCAGCAACCUCGACCACAGGCGACUCCGCAGACUCAGGUGACACAAGCAGGACCUCCGUCAGGUCACGGUGGCCGUGGGACUCAGUUCCAGCAACCUCGACCACAGGCGACUCCGCAGACUCAGGUGACACAAGCAGGACCUCCGUCAGGUCACGGUGGCCGUGGGACUCAGUUCCAGCAACCUCGACCACAGGCGACUCCGCAGACUCAGGUGACACAAGCAGGACCUCCGUCAGGUCACGGUGGCCGUGGGACUCAGUUCCAGCAACCUCGACCACAGGCGACUCCGCAGACUCAGGUGACACAAGCAGGACCUCCGUCAGGUCACGGUGGCCGUGGGACUCAGUUCCAGCAACCUCGACCACAGGCGACUCCGCAGACUCAGGUGACACAAGCAGGACCUCCGUCAGGUCACGGUGGCCGUGGGACUCAGUUCCAGCAACCUCGACCACAGGCGACUCCGCAGACUCAGGUGACACAAGCAGGACCUCCGUCAGGUCACGGUGGCCGUGGGACUCAGUUCCAGCAACCUCGACCACAGGCGACUCCGCAGACUCAGGUGACACAAGCAGGACCUCCGUCAGGUCACGGUGGCCGUGGGACUCAGUUCCAGCAACCUCGACCACAGGCGACUCCGCAGACUCAGGUGACACAAGCAGGACCUCCGUCAGGUCACGGUGGCCGUGGGACUCAGUUCCAGCAACCUCGACCACAGGCGACUCCGCAGACUCAGGUGACACAAGCAGGACCUCCGUCAGGUCACGGUGGCCGUGGUACUCAGUUGCAACAACCUCGGCCACAGGCGGCUCAGGUGACACAAGUGCCUCAUGCUGGAGGCGCUUGGGGUCGUAAGCCACAGGUUUCUUCUGAUUCGGCUUCUCCGUCCACCUCCGUUGUGGUUACUGAACCCGUUCGUGUUGCUGAAGUGAUGAAUCCAAGACCAUCUGUACAAGUUGCGUCUACUGAUAGGAAAGAACCCAUGAAGCGACCUGAUAGUGGCGGUGUUGUGGCUGUGCGGCGUGUUAAUCUAUAUGUCAAUCAUUUUAGAGUCAACUUCAAUCCUGAUAGUGUCAUAAGACAUUAUGAUGUUGAAAUCAAAGGAGAUAACCCUACUAAGAAGAUAUCGAGGUUUGAGCUAGCUAUGGUCAGGGACAAGGUGUUCACCGAUAAUCCCGGCGAGUUUCCCAUCGCUAUGACUGCUUAUGAUGGUCAGAAGAACAUUUUCAGCGCGGCUGAACUGCCUACGGGUUCAUUCAAGGUGGAGUUCCCUGCAACUGAAGAGAUGAGAGGUCGUAGCUAUACGUUUACCAUCAAGCAGGUGAAUGCGCUGAAGCUACGUGACUUGAAAGAGUACAUGACAGGGAGUACGUCUUCCAAUCCGCGUGAUGUAUUGCAAGGGAUGGAUGUUGUGAUGAAGGAGCAUCCUUCUAAGUGUAUGAUCACUGUUGGUAAAAGCUUUUUCAUUCGUGAGCCUGAGCGUGGUGAAGACUUUGGCUUCGGGGUUGCAGCUGCGAAAGGGUAUCGUCAUACUCUGAAGCCCACGGCACAAGGUUUAUCAUUGUGCUUGGACUACUCCGUGUUGGCGUUUCGCAAAGCAAUGUCAGUCAUCGACUACUUGAAGUUGUACUUUGACUUGUCUGAUAUUCGUCAGGUCAGGAAUUGUAGGGGUGAUGUAGAAAUGGAAUUGACUGGUUUGAAAGUCACUGUCAAUCAUCGAAAGAACAAGCAGAAACUCACCAUUGUAGGGCUGAGUAAGCAAGACACAAAAGACAUAAAGUUUGAUCUUAUUGAUCAAGAGGGAAACGAGCCGCCAAGAAAAACUACCAUUGUUGAGUAUUUCAGGAUCAAGUAUGGAAGAGACAUUGAGCACAAAGAUAUUCCUUGCUUGGAUUUGGGGAAAAAUGGUCGGCAAAAUUUUGUCCCCAUGGAGUUCUGCGACUUGGUUGAGGGUCAGAUUUAUCCAAAGGAUGACUUAGAUAAGGAUUCAGCGUUGUGGUUAAAGAAGUUGUCACUGGUCAGUCCAAAACAAAGGCAGGAAAAUAUUGAUAAGAUGAUAAAGUCUCGUAAUGGACCGAGCGGUGGAGAAAUCAUUGGAAACUUCGGAUUGAAAGUGGAUACAAACAUGACACAUGUGGAAGGUCGUGUACUAAAGGCCCCAACAUUGAAGUUGGCAGAUAGAGGGAGAGCUGUGAGCGAGGAACCCAACGCGAGACAGAACAACCAAUGGAACCUUAUGAGGAAGGGAGUCACAAGGGGAUCUAUAGUCAAGCAUUGGGCUGUACUUGACUUCACCGCAUCCGAGAGAUUUAACAAGAUGCCUAAUGACUUUGUGGAUGCCCUGAUGGAACGUUGUUGGAAACUUGGGAUGCAGAUGGAGCCUCCUAUCGUUUACAAAACAUCGAGAAUGGAUACGCUUUCUAAUUGUAAUGCUCUUGAGGAAUUGCUUCGGUCCGUAAUUGAAGAGGCUUCUCGUAAGCAUGGUGGGGCUCGUCCUACUCUUGUUCUUUCUGCUAUGUCUGGGAGGGCCGAUGGCUACAAGACUCUGAAAUGGGUAGCAGAAACCAAACUGGGUCUGGUAACUCAGUGUUUCUUGACCGGGUCUGCCACUAGAGGAGGUAGAAUUUCUGAUCAGUACCUUGCAAAUCUUGCCCUCAAGAUAAACGCAAAGGUUGGUGGAAGCAACGUCGAGCUGAUGGAUAAUAAUUUCUCUUUCUUCCAAAAAAAUGAUGAGGUCAUGUUCAUUGGUGCCGAUGUCAAUCAUCCCGCUGCUCGAGACAAGAUGAGUCCGUCUAUUGUUGCUGUUGUGGGAACUCUAAACUGGCCUGCAGCUAACCGUUAUGCAGCUAGAGUCAUUGCCCAGCCUCACCGUAAAGAGGAAAUACAAGGAUUUGGGGAUGCUUGCUUGGAGCUUGUCAAAGCUCAUUUUAAGUCCACUGGGAAACGACCUAACAAGAUUGUGAUAUUCCGUGAUGGUGUCAGCGAUGCUCAGUUCGAUAUGGUUCUCAAUGUGGAGUUGCUUGAUGUCAAGCUGACUUUUCAAAAGUAUGAUUACAAUCCAAAGAUAACGGUAAUCGUAGCACAGAAACGUCAUCAAACUCGUUUCUUCCCCGCCACAAGCAAUGAUGGAAGUGAUAAGGGGAAUGUGCCUUCAGGUACGGUUGUUGAUACUAAAGUCAUUCACCCGUAUGAGUAUGAUUUCUACCUAUGCAGUCACCACGGAGGGAUCGGGACAAGCAAACCGACUCAUUACUACACUCUUUGGGAUGAACUUGGAUUCACAUCAGAUCAGGUUCAGAAGCUCAUCUUCGAGAUGUGUUUCACUUUCACUCGCUGCACCAAACCCGUCUCUCUUGUUCCUCCGGUUUAUUAUGCUGACAUGGUUGCCUAUAGAGGAAGGAUUUACCAUGAGGCAAGCUCUCGUGAGAGGAACAUUAGGCAGCCGAGGGGAGCUUCUACGUCUGCUGCUUCGCUUGCCUCUUCAUUAUCAUCUCUUACAAUCGAGGACAAAGCAAUUUUCAAGCUGCACGCAGAGCUUGAGAAUGUUAUGUUCUUCGUCUGAAGAAGAGUGUGAGUUUUUUUUUGUGUUUUGGGUCCCAAGCUGAACUUAAUACUAUUUUCGGAAUCGGAACGCCCCGAGAACGCAGUUUUACUCCUUUUUCUGGUUAGAAAGGAGUUUGUGCGUGAAUCUAAUUGGGUUUUUCGCAGUGUGUUUCUUUCAUUUUGGUUGGUGUGUUGAAAUGAAUUUCUUUUUGGUGUUGUAAUGCUCUUUAGAGCAGAAACCACGUCUUUGUGUUUUCUGGUUUUAUAGUAUUUCAGACUCUCAUA